GCGCUUGUUUAUCACGUGGCAGCGCCACCGGGAGGUGUAGUUCGCGAGGCGCCGCGUGAACGCGGUCAUGCGGGUGGUGACUCGCAGCCGCAGCCGCGUUUUGGCGGCUGCGUCUCGCGGGAGUGGGGAAGGCCUCGCCCCUCUCACGAGCGGAGCGGCGGCGACAGAAGGAAGAAAAAGCCACAAGCCUGUGAAGCGUCCAUGGAAGAGACUUUGUGUGGCUUAUGAGGCUUCAAAUGGUGAGGAAGGGGCAGAAGCUGAGCCCCUCCAGGUGCCUGUCUGGGAGCCUCAAGACUGGCAGCAGCAGCUGAGUAACAUCCGUGCUAUGAGGAGCAAGAAGGAUGCACCUGUGGACCAGCUGGGCGCUGAGCACUGCUAUGAUACCAGUGUCCCUCCAGAAGUGCAGAGGUACCAGGUGCUCUUGUCACUGAUGCUCUCCAGCCAGACCAAAGACCAGGUGACAGCGGGUGCCAUGAAGCGGCUCCGGGCCCGGGGCCUGACGGUGGACAGCAUCCUGCAGACAGACGACAGCACACUGGGCCAGCUCAUCUACCCCGUGGGCUUCUGGAGGGGCCUCCUCUUUCCAGAUCAGGUUAUGAACCUCACCACCAUCUUUCAGAGCAAGGUCAAGUUCAUCAAGCAGACCAGUGCCAUCCUGCAGCAGCGCUAUGGAGGGGACAUCCCAGCCUCCGUGCCAGAGCUGGUGGCCCUGCCCGGUGUUGGGCCCAAAAUGGCACACUUGGCUAUGGCUGUGGCCUGGGGCACUGUAUCGGGCAUAGUGGACACUCACGUGCACAGGAUUGCUAACCGGUUAGGAUGGACUAAGAGGACAACCAAGUCUCCAGAGAAGACGCGGGAAGCCCUGGAGGAGUGGCUGCCCAGGGAGCUGUGGGGCGAGAUCAAUGGGCUGUUGGUAGGCUUUGGCCAACAAACCUGCCUGCCUGUCCACCCUCGCUGCCAGACCUGCCUCAACCGGGCCCUGUGUCCAGCUGCCCAGAGCCUCUGACAUCGUAGGUCUUUAGCCUGGGUGCUGAAUUGGUCAGUGUCUGUAAAGUGCCUUUGCUUGGGGGAACUACAGUCUGUAAUAAAGCUUUUGCGGGGGGUUACA